ACAUUGAGCGAACGAGGAGGAAGGAGAGAAAUGGCGUCCACAGAUUACAGUACCUACAGCCAAGCUGCAGCCCAGCAGGGCUAUAGUGCUUACACCGCCCAGCCCACUCAAGGAUAUGCACAGACCACGCAGGCAGAUGGGCAGCAAAGUUAUGGAACCUAUGGACAGCCCACUGAUGUCAGGUAUACCCAGGCUCAGACCACUGCCACCUAUGGACAGACAGCCUGUGCGACGUCUUAUGGACAGCCUCUCACAGGUUAUACUACUCCAGCUGUCCCCCAGGCCUACAGUCAGCCUGUCCAGGGGUAUGGCACUGGUGCUUAUGAUACCACUACUGCUAUGGUCACUACCACCCAAGCCUCCUAUGCAGCUCAGUCUGCGUAUGGCACGCAGCCUGCUUACCCAGCCUAUGGGCAACAGCCGGCAACCACUGCACCUGCGAGACCACAGGAUGGUAACAAACCCGCUGGGACCAGUCAACCUCAAUCCAGCACAGGGGGUUACAACCAGCCCAGCCUGGGAUAUGGACAGAGUAACUACAGUUAUCCCCAGGUACCUGGGAGCUACCCCAUGCAGCCAGUCAUGGCACCACCGUCCUAUCCUCCUACCAGCUAUUCCUCUAUACAGCCGACUAGUUAUGAUCAGAGCAGUUACUCUCAGCAGAACACCUAUGGGCAGCUGAGUAGCUAUGGGCAGCCGAGUAGCUAUGGGCAGCAAAGCAGCUAUGGGCAGCAGCUGCCCACUAGUUACCACCCCCAAACUGGAUCCUACAGCCAGGCUCCAAGUCAAUAUAGCCAACAGAGCAGCAGCUACGGGCAGCAGAGUUCAUUGCGACAGGACCACCCCAGUAGCAUGGGUGUUUAUGGGCAGGAGUCUGGAGGAUUUUCCGGACCAGGAGGGAACCGGAGCAUGAGUGGCCCUGAUAACCGGGGCAGGGGAAGAGGGGGAUUUGAUCGUGGAGGCAUGAGCAGAGGUGGGCGGGGAGGAGGACGCGGUGGAAUGGGCAGCACUGGAGAGCGAGGUGGCUUCAAUAAGCCUGGUGGACCCAUGGAUGAAGGACCGGGUCUUGAUCUAGGCCCACCUGUUGAUCCAGAUGAAGAUUCUGACAAUAGUGCCAUUUAUGUGCAAGGUUUAAAUGACAAUGUGACUCUAGAUGACCUGGCAGACUUCUUCAAGCAGUGUGGAGUUGUUAAGAUGAACAAGAGGACGGGCCAGCCCAUGAUCCACAUCUACUUCGACAAGGAAACAGGGAAGCCCAAAGGCGAUGCUACAGUGUCCUAUGAAGACCCGCCCACGGCCAAGGCGGCCGUGGACUGGGUUGAUGGGGAAGAGGUUCAAGGAAGCAAGAUGCAAGUUUCCCUUGCUCGGAAGAAACCGCCAAUGAACAGCAUGCGGGGGGUCAUGCCGCUCCCAGAGGGCAGGGGGAUGCCGCCGCCGCUCCGAGGAGGUCCGGGAGGCCCAGGAGGCCCCGGGGGACCCAUGGGUCGCAUGGGAGGCCGUGGAGGACACAGAGGAGGCUUUCCCCCAAGAGGGCCCCGGGGCUCCCGAGGAAACCCAUCCGGAGGAGGAAACCUCCAGCGCAGAGCCUGAGACUGGCAGUGCCCCAGUCCGGGGUGUGGAAACCAGAAUUUCGCCUGGAGAACAGAAUGCAACCAGUGUAAGGCCCCGAAGCCUCAAGGCUUCCUCCCGCCACCCUUUCCACCCCUGGGCUGUGACCGUGGCAGAGGUGGCCCUGGUGGCAUGCGGGGAGGAAGAGGUGGCCUCAUGAACCGCGGUGGUCCUGGUGGAA